AUGACUGCAGUGGUGCCGUGGUUGCUGUGCUGCUUGGCUGGGAUUACCGUGAACGAGUUUGCGAGAGCUGCCACCACGACGUGCUCGAUCCCUGCUGCGACCGCGUCCAACUAUGCGGCAUCAACUGCGUACGCUGCCGCGGUGAUCGAGUACGCGGACUGCAGCACGACAGUUGUGAGGGUGUUGACGGACAGCAACGGAGUGAAAGAGCUGGACUUGAGCAGCAAGAAGAUCGUCUACGUGGAGAGCCUGCCGCCCGUCGUGAAGCUGGAUCUCAAAAGCAACAGCAUCGCGAUGCUCGCGAAUGUGUCCAUCCCUAUGACAGUACAGACGCUAGAUCUAUCCAAGAACUUGUUCACUUCGCUGCACGACUUUACCUUUCCAAGCAGCCUCACAAAGUUUCUACGCAGUAUUUCCCUCCCAGACUCGCUCACAACGCUCACGCUAUCAGAAAACCCCAUCACGUACAUCGGCGGAAUCGCCUUCCCGAGCUCGUUGAAGGUGCUCGUCGUCACGUCCACCACCAAGCUGCAGGAGUUCGAGAUUCGACAGACGGACGCAACGCUGUUCGCGAGCUUAGAGACGUUCAACGUGUCGGUCACCACAAGCCUCUCGUGCUCCGACAGCGGUGCACUCUAUCGCUACGUGCAGGACACGCUGCUCUGCGUGUUGUCGGACGAGGCCUUCAACGUCAAGUACGGCAUCAACGGCGCGAGCAGCACAAGCGGCUCCGUGGACACGGUAGCGACCACAACAGCCCCCGAGUUACCAGAGGCGGACAGCCCGCGCCGCUCGAAGUUCCUCGUGUUCGCAGCCAUCUCGCUGUCCUUGGCCUGCGUCGGGCUGCUGAGCACGCUGGCGCCGCGCACGAUGUACGAGCGGUACCAGAAGAAGAAGUACCUGAACCUCCGCAAGAAGAAACAGCAGCAAGGACAAGGGCAACAACACCAGCAGCAGCUCCCUCCAGUCGUACGGCCGACGAUCCUGCAGGCCAACAGCGACCCGAACGCGACGUACUGGGACCUCUGA